AUUAAUUAAAAAUAUCAAUAAUUUACAUUGUUAUCUUUGUGACAGUUUUUCUCUUAUGAUUAUAAAUGAUUCACCACAGUUAACGUACAAACAUUAAACGGUGCCUAAAAAAACUGCUCUGACUAUAACUCAAACUUUAGAUUCACAAUGAUAAAUUAUUAACUUAUUAUUACAUUAGCAGAAACGUGUUUGUCAUAAAUAUAAAAAAAAUAAAAAUAAAAAUCUUUUGAAGACAAAAAUGCCAUGAGGACCAAUGUCACGUGACCCGCAACGGAUUGCCGGACGUGACGUCAGAACAGGAAGUAGGACUGGCUCUGUCAAGUGAAGUAGCAUAUUGGUACCAGAAACUGCUACAUGAAGUGACAGCUGCCGGCGACUGAGCCUCCUGAACCCCCGGAUGAAUGUUCACGUGGAUACCGGCAGAGGAGCUGUGAAGGUCUGCGGUGUUCGGGUGGAAAUGACCGCAAGAUGAGUCAUCUGUGGCUUGGACAUCAGUGAAUUGGUAGAGGAUGAGGCGUGCUCAGUGUUCUGGACUUGUCAGUGCAUGUUGCCAUAGCAACUGUUGUCACAAACCACACUAACAUGGAGGAGAAACUGUAGUCAGUCAUGUUACCUGCCUUCUGUUUGUCAGAUAACUAACAACAUAAGUUCCUGGGUUGGUUCAUGACCAGUGCUGAUCAUGUCACUGGGGGAGCAGUCUCAGAAAUGGUUUCCCACCCAUGUCCAAGCCACUGUUCUUCAAGCCAGCGGUUUACAGCCCAAGGGCAAAAAUGGCACCAACGAUGCCUACACUAUCAUCCAGCUGGGGAAGGAGAAAUAUUCCACAUCAGUCGCAGAGAAGACAGUUAACCCUAUAUGGAGGGAAGAAGCCUCCUUUGAAUUACCAGGUCUACUUUUGGAGGGGAAUCCUGAAGUGUAUUCACUUUGUCUGACUGUGAUGCACCGCUCUUUAGUUGGAAUGGACAAGUUCCUGGGUCAGAGGUUCAUCAACCUGAACGAAAUCUUUGAAAACAAAGGACGAAAGAAAACUGACUGGUACUCUCUGGAGUCCAAACCCGGGAAGAAGAAGAAGGACCGAGGCCGCAUCGAAGUCUGCAUUCAGUUCAUGAGGAACAACAUGACGGCCAGCAUGUUUGACCUCUCCAUGAAGGAGAAGCCCCGCUCCCCGUUUUCCAAACUCAAGGACAAAAUGAAAAACCGCAAACACGACAGCGGCUUCAGUGACGCGUCUUCUGCCGUCCUGCCUCACUCUGCUGCGUGUGAAUCAGAGCCCAGCGGCCAGUCCUUACCCUCGGAACCUCAAUCCCGGACAGAGGCAAAGGUUAAAAGACCUCUGCUUUCUGGAGCGCACAAACUCUCUGCGGCCCACUCCAUGUCAGAUCUCAUCGGGACGCACUUUCGACCUAAAUUGGACUCCAUGAACUCCAUUGAAGAAAGCGGAAGCUCAGGAGGCCCUCACAGGCGCUCCCAGAGCGAGGUGCCAGGAUACCAGGACGACCAGGCCCACAGCGACCCUUUCACCGAUAUCAGUGAUGGACUGCCACAGAAAUUCGCAACGCUCCCACGCAACCGCAACCCGUUUGAGGGGGAGCACGGGCAGCAGUGGGACCGGCCGGAGCGGAGGGACAAGAAGGACAAAGUCAGCCUACUGGAACGCGUCACGGGAAAGAAGGAAGGCCGCAAGACCAGCAACGGGGGCCGUUCAGGGAGCUCUGGAGAUCUGCAUUCUCCCAACCCCUUCAGCGGAGAUCCUCAAGCAGACACUAACCCGUUUAUAUCCAACUACAAAUCCAGUGAUAAAAAGCAAGCAGGAAGUGACGACGUUUCUUCUGGCCUUAAGAAGAAGAAAAAAGACAUUUUCAACACCAAAAAUGUGGUGACGCAGGGGCGCGCCGAGGCCUACAGCAGCUUGUCCUUUGAGGAGGUCGUCCAGGAGCUCAUCAAGCAGAAAGAAGUGGUGAAAAAGAAGGACGCACACAUCAGGGAGCUGGAGGACUACAUCGACAACCUGCUGGUCCGCGUCAUGGAGGAGACGCCAAGCAUUUUACGAACGCCCUACGAGCCGAAAAAGAAGGCGGGAAAACUUUCGAAGAAGUAGGAAAAAGGAAGCGCAUGAAAAACUGAACUUCAGGUGGAUUCUUAUGAAGUGGGGUCAUUUUCUUUUUCACUUUUUUCUGAAAAUUUGGGGUUUUAUAAAUUUUACAUCCUUCUUUUGUAUCAUACAAGUUACUCUGCAUUUACAGGGACAGGAGCAGCAUAUAGCUAAUUCAUUAGUUGGACCAUUUAAAGCCUCAUUAGGUUUAAAAAUUAGACCAAAUAUUAAAUCUAUUAAGCUCAGAGAUGUUAAGAACAACAGAGUUUAUGACAGUAUUAGACAGAAAAUAAUGGUGCUGUUUUCUGUAGGUCUGCGGAGAAAUCAGCUGUAAAAAAACAGUUCAAAAUGAAAAAGGAGUGAGGUUCGACUCCAGAAGGAACUGGAAGUUUUUAGAAUCAUUAAGGGGAAAAUGUUCCUGCUUAGUGAGCUGUGUUCAACCUGCGAGGGCAGUGUUAUGAUUUGGGGUUGCUUCAGUUGUGCAGCGACCCUUACACUAUGAAGAACAGAUAUUUUUUCAAAUCAGAAAAGUGAACCCAGCAGUUUGGUUCUCCUAUAUAAUGAGCGUUAACAUUGUUUGAGAAAAUCUUAACAAGAUGUUUGUUUCUGCUCCACACACUGAAUUUCAUUUGGACUUGAAGUUGUGUUGUUGUUCUGCCACAAAGUUUUUACAAAUUUUGCCAAGUUCCUGCUUUUUUUCCAGAUGCUCUGGUGCUGAUAUUUGGUUAAAAUAAGAUCAAGCUUUAGUUUAUUGUUUACAAUCCAGUUCUUGUUUAGGAUUUUCCACCUGAACGCCACAUUUUCUCCUUUAUGAGACUCGUGGACGAACUCAAGCUCUUGGCUUGUUUUCUUUGCUUUCUAUAGUUCUGGAGAAGUUUGGUUGGACUGAAGGUCUCAGUUGAUCACUGGAGGAAACGUCUUCACUAACUAUAAGUGCAAUAAUGCUUUUAUUCUGCUGGUACUGUUUACAUGUGGACCUCACCGUAGUGUCAGGCUCAUCUCAUGAAGUCGGUCUGAUGAUUAGAAAAGCUUUUGGAUGACAGCCUUCAGCGAUCAAGCAGCCGUCGUCUUCCUUCCAGACUCUUGUGGGUGUUUGCUGCACAAUCUUUAUUUAUAAGUGUUUGUUGGAAUAUUUUAUUUAGUCGUAAGGUACUUUAAAACACUACUGUAUUGUAUUACACCUUCCUCCCCACCUUCUCUGCUGGGUUAGACUUUAAAAAAACUUGAGGCACAUUCCAGAAAACGAGUGCUGUAAGAAGACAAACUCUACUGAAUGUCUGCUGCAAAUGUGUGAGUUUUCAUCAGUAUUUAAUAAAGCUGUGGGCAGCAGUGUUUCGGGUCACGCCUGGAGAGGUCAAACCAGGUCCAUCUGGCCUUCACACGUUCAUACCUUAAUGCUCGUACGAUGCUGUGCCUCCAUACUUUUAGAGUUUCCUUCAUUUUAAGCUAGUUUGCUGUUCUGGUUCUCUGAGCUCUAAAGUGAAUCUGACACUCGAUGAAUGUCUUCGUUGGACACAGGUACAUCAUGCUUGAAUGUCAUCAGAUGUGCUGUUUCCAUGUUUUUUAAACCCUUUAAAAGCUUCAGUUUGAAGUGGUCAGAGCAGCAGCUGGGAAUCAGCUUGAAGGACCUGAAGCUCUGUGGUGGAACUCUGAGUUUACAGAAAGAUGAGCGUUUUUAGACACUAUUCUUCACAUGUUGAAGAUCACACUUUGGUCUGACAUAACUGUCUUUAUUACAAUAAUGUUCAACCCAUCUUUUAAUGUGACCCCAACACUGUCCACCGUAGAUCACAGACCAGACGACAGUGAAAGCGGUUUAUUACACGUAAAGUCUCUCUGCACUUGAAGCUCCAAUCGUCCUUUUUACUGAAUGUAUUCUAGAGCAUCACUACUGGUGUUUUGAUAAACAGCAGAGUACUGAACAACCACCCUGCCAACACCGUUUAAAAUGUUUGGUUUAUCUACAGAGAUCCUCUCAUUUUGUUCCCUUCGUGUUGGAUCAGAACCGGACCGAACCAACACUCAUCUGUUCAACCUGAGAUGCCAAAAAAAAAAAUGGUUGGCUGACAUGAUGAAAAGCUUUGCACUGAAUGCCUUCUCACCAGUUUUUAGGUGUUUUUCACCCAUUUGUGUUUCUUAUUCAAUUACGUGUCAUGAACUUGUUCCAAACUUUCUUUUGACUCUUUUGUACAAAAAGUUUACUAGUUUGUGGUUUUACUUCAAGUCUUUUGAGUUUUUCCUGCCAGAAAUGUUUGUCAUUCUUCGAAGUGAAACUGCCUAAUGUCUUCCAGUUUGUAACCUGAUGUUGGUUAAGUGUGUGCAGGCAUUUUUCACUGCAGCUGAUUCAGGCCCGCCCAGCCCCAGAGCUGCACCGCUUUACAUGAAUCACAACCACAAGUAAAUGCUUGAUGAUCUUCAUCGUGGAAGAAAUUUGAACCCAGAGGUUGUUUUGUUCUGAUGCAUCAUGGGGGGGUGUGGGCUGCCUGUCAUUUGACUGGAUUGAUGCAUUUGCCUGACAUAAUUUCUUGCCGUUUAGCAGAUGUCUGUGCAAAACCUAAAUCUGAAUGAAAACCGUUUUCACAUCUUC